AUGGCGGCGCUGUGUGAGGGCUUCACGCUGCGCGGGCCCGGCCCGGGCGGCGGCCCCAGCAUGAGCCUCGAGCCGGGCCCGGGCCCCGACCUCGUGCUGCUCACCGAGCGCGGCCGCGCCGCCACGCUCUUCAAGAUCUCGGAUCAGAAGCCCCUGGGCUGUUGGUCAGUGAAACACGGGCAGGUCCUCACCUGUCCUGUCGUGUGCAACUUUGAGACUCACGAGUACAUCGCUGUUCACGAUGGCAAGGUUUUGAGGAUAUGGAAGGAUGAAGACAUUAACUUGGACAAGGCCUUUAAAGCAACACUCUCAGCAGAUGUGCACAGGAUACACUCCCUGCCCGAGGGAGGGCCCCUGGUGCUGUUCAGGGGAGGGGGUGUCCGAACUCUGGAUGUGCUUUUGGAAGCCCCACAACAAGAGAUUGAAAACGUUCUCUCAGAUGAAGCCAUCUGGUGGAGUGGAGCUUUUAUGGAAAGUCAGCAGCCUGUCGUAGUUUUUGCUACUGAGAAAGAUGGGGACUUCUUUGUCUAUGUGCAGAAACCCAAGGUGGAUAGUGUGCACAAAUACAGGCUGGAACCACAGGAAUCAUCCGAACCACUGAGUUUCACAGCAUAUCUGAAGAACCAAACUAUCACACUUCUGUGCUUGUAUUCCAACAACUCUGUGUACCAGGUUCUGGUUCCUCUGCACCAAGAUGCUGAAGAGAAAGAACAAAUUUUGCCCAAGUCACUGCUACUAAACCUUUCAGUGUCUGGAAGUGUUCUGAAAGGAUCAUGUUUGGUAGUCGUGGAUAAAGACCACGUGGCAGUGCUGGGCAGUUUGGCUGCACCUGGUAAAGAACCCAAAGAGUGCCUGACCAUAUGGAAUACAAAAUUUCAGACCUUGCAAACCUCGAAGGAGCUGCCCCUGGGAACCAGUGGCCAGUUGUGGUGUUAUGAGGAAAAAUUUUUUUUAACUCAUGGGAAAGUGCUGACUGUGAUUCUGUACAAGUGUGAAACAUCAUCCCUGGCAGCUGCUGUGGGAAAGCUCAAGGACAGUAAAACCCCUGGAGUGUCUGCCUUUGUGAACUGGGAUACCCUGGGAAACGAGGAGCGGGUGGUUCCCUUUCAGCCCCAGGAGUCUGUGGCUCCAAAAGCUGAGUCCAGGAUGAAUUUAAGGUCAAGAAGGAGUGGUGUUGCCAAAGUACAGCCAGAGAACUUCUCAGUUGGGCAGCUCUUACUAAAUCUCAAAGACGCUCCUACAAACGUGUUGGAAAAUGAACUGAGACAGCUGAUGUCAAGAGCACAGACACCAGAUUUACAGGCUGCCAUUGGCAGUGUGGUCACUGCCCUGACCAACAGAUGUAAAGCAAACCCCAGGUACUACCCUCAGAAUUUCCUGCUGCAGAUAGUGGAAACCCGAGACUUGUCCUACAGUUUAUGUCCAGAUUUAAUGGCUGUUGCAUUGGAGAAAAGAGAUUUCUAUCUCUUACAAAUCUGCUUACAAAAGUUUCCAGAUAUCCCUGAAGAAAUGACCUAUGCUUGCUUGAAGGCAUUUUUAAGUGUCGGUGACACCUACCUUCGAGGGACAGACGUGGAUCUGGACUCCGUCAUCUGCUACAUCGAUGUGGAGUUCAACAGCAAGGAAGUUAAGACUGAAAUUGUAGAAAAUGGUUUCAAUGCAGAGCUGGAUGAGGACAUGUGUGAUGAUGCCAAAAUCCCAAGGGAAGGCCGUUCCAGGAGCGAUGGGGAAUCCUGUCCCAUCUCACCUCAGAGGGCAGCACUGUUAAAUGCUGUUCUCCAUUCAGCUUACAGUGAAACGUUUCUCUUGCCUCACCUGAAAAACCUCCCAGCUCAACAAGCUAUUCUGUUCCUCAGGUAUUUGUAUUACCUGUACGUGAAAUGCAGUGAAAAAGUGAAUACCACUCUUCCUGGAGUUCGCUCUCCCACUAUAAACCAGAUCAUGGAUUGGAUGUGCCUGUUACUUGAUGCUCAUUUCACAGUCAUGGUGAUACUGCCAGAAGCAAGACAGUUGCUGUCAAAGCUGCAUAAGUUUGUGAGAGCCCAAGUGAGGUUCUACUCUGAACUCAACAAGAUUGAAGGAAGUUUGAGGGAAUUGCAAAGACUCAACCACCUGAGAGACUCUCAGACCUAUUCUAUUGAAGUGCUGGAAAUCAUCUGAAUUGGAAAUUCACAAUUAACACAUUUAUUUUGUAUUGAUUCCUUUGCUGACAGGGAUAUAUUAGCACUCCAUAUUGGGGAUGUGAAAAGCUGUUUUCUACAUAGGAGGAGCCCAGUUACUCUGUAGCUACGUGGGGGUUGGAAGUUUGAAAGUGGUGUAUUAAAAGCUCUCUUUUUGACUGGAUGAG